UAUUCUGUGUCCAUUAAAUGUCAAAAUUCUUGUCCACAUUCUUUCAAAAUAAAUCUAUAAAUCUGAACAAAAAACUGUUAUUUAUUGCAAUGUCUAAAAGAAAUAUUUACCGCAAGCACCCCAGAAUAAGACCCGAAGUGAAGGUAGUCAGUAGUCGGACAAAUCAAUCUGGUGCUAUGCAUAUUAAAGAGAAAGUAGAAGUUCUCGCUGAACCAAUAAAAUCUGUGUCUGAUAAAAAGCUUUACAAGACGAUAAGGCUCGAGAAUGGUUUAACGGCACUGUUGAUAUCGGACCCUAGUAAAAUAACAGUAGCAGAUGAAGGCAGUUCGAGCGAAGAGGAGAGUAGUGGAACAGAAGAAACGGGGUCUGAAAGUGAUGGUGCACAAUCAGUACAAUCUGCAACUAGUGAUCAACUGAGUACUAAGAGAAGGGGUGAUUUUGAUGAAGAAAAACUGGCUGCAUGUGCACUAUGCGUGGGCGUUGGCAGCUACAGCGAUCCCGCCGAGAUACAGGGGUUGGCUCACUUCGUUGAGCAUAUGGUGUUUAUGGGCAGUGAAAAGUACCCCAAGGAGAAUGAAUUUGAUUCCUUCAUCAAGAAAAAAGGCGGUUCAGACAACGCGUCAACGGAUUGCGAGGUCACGACGUUCUACUUCGAGAUAUCGGAGAAGCAUCUCCCGCAGGCGAUGGACAUGUUCAGUCAGUUCUUCGUCAGUCCCCUGAUGCUGAAGGAGGCCAUGCAGAGGGAGAGGGAAGCUAUCGAAUCUGAGUUCGCAAUAGCAUCGCCAUCAGAUUCGAACCGCAAAGACCAGCUUCUCUCCAGCAUGUUUCCACCCGGUCAUCCAGCUCGCACCUUCACGUGGGGCAACCUUCGCAGCCUGAAGGAGGACAUACCUGAUGAUGACCAGCUCCACCAGGCUGCGCACGAGUUCAGGAAGAGGCACUAUAGCGCGCAUCGAAUGACCGUCGCGAUACAAGCUCGUAUGGACUUAUCGGCAUUAGAAGACCACGUAGUUAAGACCUUCGGUCAAAUUCCGACAAAUCGUCUUCCACCGGACAACUUCAAGGCGCACUCCUUCGAUCGACACAAUAUUACGAGCGAUUUUAGGAGCAUGUACUAUGUGAAACCAGUCAGUGAUACUACUGAGGUACAAUUAACUUGGCUUAUGCGUUCCUUGAUAUCGGAAUACGAAUCUAAGCCGCAUCAGUACAUCUCAUAUUUAUUGGGACACGAAGGUAAAGGAAGCCUCCUAUCGUACUUGAGGAAAAAAGUGUGGGCGUUGGGAAUUUAUACGGGUAAUUCAGAAAGCGGUAUUGAUUAUACCUCAAUAUAUAGUUUAUUUUCGACGCAAGUGAUACUCACUAAAGAUGGACUUGAUCAUAUUGACGAGGUUUUGGAAGCCAUAUUUUCUUAUAUAAAUAUGCUAAGAAAGAUUGGACCCUCGGAAAGAAUUUUUGAGGAAAUUAAGACAAUAGAAGAGACAAGUUUCCGUUUCGAGGAAGAGUCUCAGCCCGCCGACUACGUGGAGUCGUUGGCGGAAAAUAUGCAGAAUUUGCCGCCGCAACACUACAUCACUGGUGACAGAUUGUAUUAUAAAUACGACCCUAAGGGUAUAACUGACUUAUUAGACUGUAUGACAGCCGACAAAGUGAACAUUAUGAUUCUAUCCAACAAACACUCUACACCGAUACCGUACGACACAAAGGAGAAGUGGUUUGGGACAGAAUAUAAAAAGAAAGAAAUACCCUCAAACUGGCUCAAACGCUGGCUUAACGUGGAGCCAUACAAACAAUUCCAUUUGCCGGAUAAAAAUAUUUAUAUAACGAACAACUUCGAUUUAAUCGCUCCGGCGCAGCCCUAUAUAGAGGAAGCCGAAAGAUUGGGCGUGGACCUCUACACCAGUACGACGAAGGACAUACACAAGAAAAUAUCCGCCGGUGAGAAGAAUUCGAGGGUUUUGAAACAGGGCGAUUUGAUUGCUGCUGUGGAGAACUUCAGAUUAGACCAACCGAACUUGAUACGCAAGAAUCGUCACAUGGAGCUGUGGUACAAGCCGGACUUUAAGUUCCGAUUUCCAACCGCAUUGCUUUAUUUCUACUUCAUCACGCCGCUCAGUUUGAAGUCGCCGCGGGAAUCGUGUCUCCUUGAUCUAUGGACUGACGUAUUGCAACAGGGCCUUAAGGAAGAAGUAUAUCCAGCGAAUAUGGCAGACCUAUCGCAUUCGUUGUAUGUCGGCGAUAAGGGUUUAACGCUAAAGGUUAAUGGAUAUAGUCAGAAUUUACAUCUACUAGUGGAGCUGGUGACGCGCGAGAUGCGGUCGAGCGCGGGCUCGCUCACCCCGCAGAUGUUCGAGGCGGUGCGCGAAGUGCGUGCAAGGACGUAUCACAACGUGCUGCUCAAACCGCAUAAGCUGGCUAAAGAUGUCCGGAUGAAUAUACUGCUAGAACCGUACGUGUCGCCGCGGGAUAAAGCGGUGGCGAUACAGAAUAUCACUCUAGAAGAACUACAGUCGUUCACCGAUAGACUACUUGACAAGCUGUACUUACAGGUAUUGGUGCAAGGAAACUUGGCAUGGACCGACGCUAUAAAUAUUUCAGAAAACGUAUUGCACAAUAUUAAAUGGGAGGGAAUCCCUGAGAAUGAGCUGCCACACAUAAAAGUCCACCAAUUGCCGCUGGGAGAGCGCACAGUGCGUGUGAUGAGCCUCAACCCAUCCUCCACGAACAGUAUCGUCACCAACUACUACCAGGCUGAAGCCACCAACACCAAGGAUACAGCUACGCUGGAGGUUUUGAUGAUGCUAAUGGAGGAGCCGGUGUUCGACGUGCUCCGCACGAAGGAGCAGCUGGGCUACAGCGUGUUCAGUAUGCUGAGGUACACGUUCGGCGUGCUCGGCUUCUCCGUCACCGUCAACACGCAGCGGGACAAAUUCAGCGUGUCGCACGUGGACGCGCGCGUGGAGGCGUUCCUGAAGCGGUUCGCGCGCGACAUGCGCCGCCUGGGCGAGCGCGCGCUCGCCGCCGCGCGACACUCGCUCGUGCAGCUCAAGCACACCACCGACUACGAGCUCAAGGAGGAGGUCGAAAGAAACUGGAGAGAAAUCGUAGGCGGUGAAUAUCGAUUCCAGCGAUUAUUUUCUGAGGCUGAGGCGAUUGAAAAGGUGAAAGUGUCCGAUAUAAAGAGUUGGAUUGAGAAACACUUCGCAACCGGUAACCGCUCGCAGUUUAGGAAGUUAUCCGUACAAGUAAUGGGUCACCUUCCAAACAAAGACGGUAAUGUAACAGAAAGUGGGAAAAACUAUGGCUUACAGUAUCUAGACGCGUCCAACCCCAUCGGCGACAACGUUGAGAAUGACACAAACUUCAUAAUCGACAUAGACGAAUUCAAUAAACAACUACCCUUCGUUAAUGUACCUAAAGUGGAAUUAGGACAAUGCUAAGAGAAUUAAUAUAAAACACUUGCUCACACUUUCUUCACGAAAAUUGUAUGUGUCCCUCUCUAUUGACUGACUCAUGGUGCAAUAUUUAUGAAAUGCUAGACAAAUUUGAUACUUAGACGUAAAUAUGUGUACUUAAUUAUGAUUUGUUGUUGCCAUUUUUAGCUUGCAGUUAUUUUUCAACGAAGACCAUAGAAAUUAUUGCAUACGGGUCUGAUUUUCUUAUAUUUAAUUCUUAAUAGAAAAGUGUAAACAAUAUUACUUCAAUACGUUUUCAAUGUUCAGAAUUAAUACGAACUGAUUGUUUAUAGAAAAUACAGAAAAGGCGGGAAAAAUUAUUUUAUGUUUAUAAUUAGAAUAAAUUUUUGGUUUAUUUUAAUUUUGAAGUAGCGGUUAUGUUACGUAGUUUUACGUAUACUUUAUGUUGAAUGAAUUAAUUUUUCUUAUAGAUUCUGAAAGAUUUUAGUUUUAUAAUUUAUAUCUGAAUGUUUGUAAUAGAAAUAAAUUAUUUUACUUUUAA